AUGGACAGCCGGCCCGCAGCACGCCGCUCGUCAGAAGCGAAAUCGGGAUCGGAUUUGGAAGGAGCGGACGACACGCGCGACGAGGAACGCGGGUGGAGCCCGUCGGAUGGAAGUGAGGGGUCGAGCGACGGCAGCAGAGGCGCGGAGGAGGCGCAGCGCGGAAAUAACGCGCGGAGAGCGGCGGCGGAGGCUGUAGCAGAGGCGGAAGAAGAUUCAGACGUGCGCGAAGAGGAAGAGGAACUAGGGGACGAGGCGGAGGCGGAGGAGGGGGAGGAGGGGGAGGAGGAAGGGGAGGAGGGGGACGACGAUGCGGACGGGCCUCCUGAGGAGGGUUUUGAGCCUUUUCAGUGGCCCGAUUCCCCUCCCGGGCCUCCCCCCGUGGUUCUUCCGCUCCCCGAGAUGUCCCCCGCGCCCUUGGAACGCGCGCGAGUCACGACCCCAUCUGACGACGACGAGGAUGACGAUGACGUGGCGGAUGACGACGAUGACGUGGACGAAGAUCGCCGCAUGGGGCCGCGGCUGCCGCGUCGGCCUGCGAGAGCCGCAGGAUCCACCCGAGCUGUAGCGCGGGGGGCGGCUGUAGCGCCGGAGAUGACUGUAGCGGAUCUGGAGUUCCCAGGGUCGCUGCUGGGGACGAUCAUGGACGGGUUGGGCAAGUGGCCUUGGACGGUCUGGCCUAACCACAUGCGCUCCUGCCUCGCUGCCUCUGCUCGCAUACUGCACGCUGUCGUAGCAGACCCGGACGAGUCAGGUUCCAUAGUGAGUCCCGCGGUGCGAGAAGAGGCGCAGCGGCUGAUGAGGCGCGCUGUGCUGAAGCGCAAGCUGGCGACGCUCUUCAGAGAGGCCGCGCCCAGCCUGUUUGACAAGUGCCUGGAUGAUAGGGCGAUCUGGAAAUGGGGCAGGGACGUGCACGGGAAUAUAUUUGAGGCGUUUCUUUCCCUUAUGGAUGUGAUUGUACUGAAGCUGCCUGAGUUGAUUAUAGCGAGGGAGGCUCUGGCGGAUGCAGCGGCUGCUGCGGCUGGAGAAGGGGCGGUGGGUCGAGGGGAGGGGGAGGGGCACGGGGAGAGAGUGAGGGAGAGGAAGGAGGAGGUUGAGGAGGCAGAGAGGCGGAGUGUGGAGGUAGAAGAGGAGAUAGCUGGGCUUCUAACAGCCAUGGCGCAGGGAUGGGACAGCACGUGUCAGUUCCACUGCAAACACAAGAACGAGCAGCUGCCACGUGUUGCGCCGCGAUUGGACCGCCCGUGCUUCUAUGCCAUCUCCCUGCCUCUAGACCCCGCCCCUAUCGGCCCUUCCCUCCCCGGAACCCAGGCGGCUGGGGGGAGGAGUGGCGCGGAGGGAAGGGGGGAAGGGGGGGAGGGCGGAGGCGUAGGCUCACACCAGUGGCUGGUGUGGUUUUUGAAUUACUUUGGGCAGACAGCGUAUGGGAAUGGGUAUGAACGCGUGGUGCAGGUGCUGCUGAGGCUCAUGGCAGGGUUUGAACGGCAGUGCGAUGCCCAUGCUGCCAGGCUAGAAGCACUCAGACGAGAGCAGGAACAGAAACAAGAGCUGGAGCGGGAAGGCAGGGGGAAUUCCGCGGGAAGGAAGGCAGAGUCACCACCCCCAUCGCCGUCACCAUCCCUUCCCCGCCUGCCCGUCCCGCGCAUGCCUCUGGUGGUGGUAGAGGCGCUGCUGCGCCCCCUGGCGACAGCAGCUGAGUUCCUUACCCCACUCGUCGGCAACAUGCUGCUGCAGCCAUGCAGGGCCGUGCUGGUGGCCAUAACGCGGUGCAUCAGCAGCGACCAGAUGGAUUCUCUCAACGAGGGCCCCCGGGACGGCUCCUUCCAGUGCCUCUCGCUCACUCUGCGCCACGUGCGCGCGCUGCUCGCCCUGCCGUCCUCUGCUGACAGCGUGCGCGACAUUAUCCAUGACGUUGAGAUGACAAAUGUGGAAUAUGAAGGAUUGGAGGACGACGAGGACGAGAAGGAGGAGGAGGAGGAGGACGAUGAGGAGGAUGAUGAGUUUGAUUAUUAUAAUGAUGUGGAGGUGUCAGCAGCGACCGUAGUGAGGGCGGUGCAGAGGCACAUGGUGAAGCGCAUGCUGGGAGUGCCUUCCUUCAGCAAGCAGCUGUCGGCUGCCAGGGAGAUCAACCGCAUGCUGGAAACCGCAGCUGCUCUGAAGGCGAACAAGCAGCUGUCGGCUGCAAGGGAGAUCAACCAACCGCAUGCUGGAGAGCUCGGCAGCACUGGAGAUGACCAAGCAGUUGCCAGAGAGAUCAGCCGCAUGCUGGAGAGCUUGGCAGCACUGGAGAUGAGGGGAAGCAAGCAUGGUGCAGCGCAUGCUGGGAGUGCCAUCGUUCAGCAAGCAGUUAUCAGCCGUCAGGGAGAUCAACCGCAUGCUGGAGAGCUCGGCAGCACUGGAGAUGAGGUGAGACUGUUGGUGUGUUGGUGGGUGUCAGGGGAAGCAAGCAUGGUGCAGCGAAUGCUGGGAGUGCCAUGGUUCAGCAAGCAGUUAUCAGCCGUCAGGGAGAUCAACCAACCGCAGGCUGGAAAGCGCAGCUGCGCUGGAGAUGAGAUGAGGGGCAAGGGAGGAUCAGCCAUGAUGGCAAUUAUCAAUUGGCUGGAGGCCUUUAAAAUUCUGCCACUUGUCCUGCGCUCCAACCUACACCACAAGCAAUACGUGGACCAGGUGCGGCCUCUUGUGCGCACAGUGCACCCACUUAAGCAAUAUUUGCACCAGGUGCGUCUGUGCCUACUCAAGCAAUACGUGGACCAGGUGCGGCCUCUUGUGCGCACAGUGCACCCACUUAAGCAAUAUUUGCACCAGGUGGUGAAGAUCAUGAGAGCGCUGCUCAACCAACGGCGCCUGCGGGAGAAGCACCUGGACGCCGUGUGGGCCGCCACUGAGAAGCCUGACCAGUUCGAAGCGGCAUGGAGGCUUGCGCUUCUUGAGGCACCUCCUCAACCAGCGCCGGCUGCUGGGGAAGCACCUGUUGGGGAAGCACCUGGACGCCGUGUGGGCCGUCGCUGA